AUGCUCCGUACACCUAGAGGGCGCUGUGUACUCGAGGGCCAUCUGCUCCUCCUUCGACAACAACCAAAGCCCGACAACCAAGCCCGGCAUCUAAGGCCGACAACCAAGGCCGACAUCCAAGGCCCGACAUCCAAGGCCCGACAUCCAAGCCCGACAGGCCCGACAACCAAGCCCGACAUCCAAGGCCGACAAGCCCGACUUCCAAGCCCUACAUCUAAGGCCCGACAUCCAAGUCCCGACAUCCAAGCCCUACCUCCUAGGCCCGACAACCAAGCCACAUCCACCCGACUCCAAGCCCUACAUCCAAGCCCGACAACCAAUCCCGACAUCCAAGCCCUAAGGCCCGACAACCAAGCCCUACAUCCAAGGCCCGACAUCCAAGCCCUACAUCCAAGGCCCGACAACCAAGUCCCGACAUCCAAGCCCUACCUCCUAGGCCCGACAACCAAGCCCGACAUCCAAGGCCCGACAUCCGAGCCCGACUUCCAAGCCCUACAUCUAAGGCCCGACAUCCAAGUCCCGACAUCCAAGCCCUACCUCCAACCCGACACCAAGCCCGACCUCCAGGCCCGACAUCCAAGGCCCGAAAACCAAGACCCCGACAUCCAUCGCCCGAGAAAAUUGUUUUGUCCGAGUCGGAAGAUCUCAUACAACUUGGGCGGGUUUCUGUCUGACUUUCCUCGGGUCUUGGCGCACGAGAGUUGCUGA